AUUGUGUAUAAUUGUGUACUUUUUAAUAAUAAAAUAAAAUUAAAAAAAAAAGAACUGAUCACUCUAUCACUGAAGAUAAACUACCUCCUUGACAUGUACACUUGCUGAUUCCAGAUAUUGGGAUCAUACUGUGGUUAGGUGAAUACGAGGACAGAAAUUCACUUGGCAUGUGCUCAUUAAGUGCUUCUGAAAAUUACUUUAUACAUUAUAAUUUUUAAUGCUACUUUAAAUUAACCUGGGAUAUUGUAUGGAUGUGUGGUUAGAAAUGCAUUCCAGAAUGGAGGGUGGGAAUUGUCCACUAGCCCAGAUGUGGCUGAAUGGAAAUUCCCAGCAUUCAACAUCUUUGCCAAUGCUGGUGAGGGCUUCUGGGAGUUGAAUUUCAACUGCAUCUGGAUUCUGACCUCUGCUUAAAUUAGUAUUUUAUUUCUGAAUGUGAUGUAUGUUGGCUGAACAUCCACCUGAUCUCCUUCCUAGCAGCAAGUGUAAGGAAGACCGAACAGGACCUAUAAUUGCUAUGAUACUAGUUAGAAGAUACAGAUCAGACGUAGCACUUGGUUGGUUAACAUACAUGCACCAAAAACAUUGUUUACUUGAAGUAGUAGAAUGUAGUCCAGCAUAAAAAAAUAAUAUCCUAGUUAAGAAGAUCCUGAUUUAGGAGAGAAUGUGCAACUUCAGUGAGUGUAGGAGAGGCUCAUUCUCUUUGAAUGUAGAUUGGUUUAGGUAAAGUGGGAUUCAAAUGGCUUAAUCUUCUUGGUAGGGAGGCAUUUUCCUCCUGUGGCUAGCUAUACAAAAGAAAUUCAGAAAGUACAUCUAUAAGCCUUUCAUAUUUGAUGAAGUUGAAGUUUUGACCUGUGCUUUGGAGAAUGUGUUGAAUCACUGUGUGGAUCUUCCCUUCAGGUGGUUGAAAUGCGGCAGGUGAAGAAAACGUGGUCGAUGUGUUCCCGAGCGACACUGUCCCAAGAGCAGUCAAUGGUGCUAAAUGCAGUGCUGGGUGGGAAGAAUGUCUUUUUCACAGGCAGUGCUGGUACUGGAAAAUCCUAUCUGCUAAAAAGGAUUGUGGCCUCGCUACCUCCAAACGGCACAUAUGCUACCGCCAGCACGGGAGUAGCAGCCUGCCAGAUCGGUGGCACCACCCUCCAUGCCUUUGCAGGAAUUGGCUCAGGAAAGGCUCCCCUGUCACAGUGCAUUGAGUUGGCUCAGAGGCCUGGUGUUCGCCAGCAAUGGCUGAACUGCCGCCGUCUGAUCAUCGAUGAGAUCUCAAUGGUGGAGGGUGAUUUUUUUGAUAAACUGGAGGCAGUAGCUAGAGAUGUAAGGAAAUGUGAGGAUCCAUUUGGAGGAAUCCAGCUCAUCAUCUGUGGGGACUUCUUGCAACUGCCUCCAGUCACCAAAGCCACUGAGCAACCCAAAUUCUGCUUCCAGGCAAAAAGCUGGCGGAAGUGCAUCCACUUGAACAUGGAGCUGACAGAGGUACGGAGACAGACUGACAGAGAGUUCAUUUCUCUUCUAAAUAUGGUCCGCCUUGGCAGAUGCACAGAAGAUGUCACCAGACAGCUGACUCAAACAGCUACGCACAGGGUGGAGAGAGAUGGAAUCCUAGCUACCCGGUUGUGCACCCACAAGGAUGAUGUGGAGCUCACAAACACUAAACAGUUGCAGCAGUUACCUGGAGAGCAAAGGUCCUUCAAAGCAGUGGAUAGUGAUCCUACAUUGGUGAAAACCAUUGAUGCACAGUGUCCUGUGAGCAGCAUUAUUGAACUCAAGCAAGGUGCUCAGGUGAUGCUUACAAAGAAUCUUGAUGUGUCCAGGGGUCUGGUGAAUGGGGCUCGUGGUGUUGUGACUGGAUUUGAAAUGGAAAGAAGAGGCCUGCCAAAAGUGAGGUUUUUGUGCGGUGUCACGGACGUUGUUGGAAUGGAACGAUGGGUUUUAAAAGGACCAGCAGGAACCUGUCUGAGUCGCCAGCAACUGCCCCUGAAACUUGCCUGGGCCAUUUCCAUCCACAAGAGCCAGGGUAUGUCUCUGGACUGUGCUGAGAUAUCCCUGGCUCGUGUCUUUGAAUAUGGGCAGGCUUACGUAGCACUUUCUCGAGCACGCAGUCUUUUGGGUCUCCGUGUUCUGGAUUUUGAUCCUAAGGUAGUGAGAGCUAAUCCAUAUGUAUUACAGUUCUACAGACAACUAAGAAGAGACAAAUUUCUUACUCAGGGUUUUUGCAUUCAAGUCAACAAAGAAAACAUAGAAGGUACCUGAACUAUGUGGGCUGAAAAUUCUGGGCACUAUUUUCCUUUGUCCUUUUUAUUAAACAGGCUACAAUGACACGUGGGAAACAACUUUUCCUACUGAUCAUCAAUAUGUAGGUUUUCAAGCUUGCCAGCUCAGACUUCCUCCUUCUUUAACAGCAAAUAAAAGUGGGAUACCAUUUUUCAUAAUUAAACAAUCCAAGUGUCAUAAAAAGUAGUUUGCUAGAGAUGGAGGUGAGUCUUAUUUGAAGCUCUUCUAACAGAAUAUCCAUCAUUUUGCUACUAUGUCUCAUUUAAGUCUUUGGCACUAUUGAACAAACAGAUAGGAAUUAGAUAUUUCUUUGAAGUGCCACAGGAGAGUCUACCAAAUAGCUUUUAAGGCAGAGAAGUGACCACAAACAACCAAAACACCUUUGUUUAAACAGUCAUCUGUACUGCUUUUAUGGAUCUUAUGUUACAUAGCUUCUCAGGAGUGAUGGACAACACUAUUAACAAAUCUGUUAGAUGAUAGACAAGUGGGAAAAAGAUAGUCAUGGUAAUUGUAACACAAAUUAAUCUAUGGACUCCUAUGUUGCUUGUCAAAACAUCAUGUGAAUGAAGCAAGUUCAAUGUAUUUCCCCAAAUCUGAAUAAUGUGUUUGAAACCAGCUGCUAAUUAAGUCACAUUGUAUGGUAUUGCUAAAUGUGUAUUCUCUUCUCCCCUGUAAAUAUCAUUGAGACAGGGUGAUGAACACAACUGUUAAUAAAAUAUUUUAUCAUACCGUAA